UCUUCACGUCAAAACAUUGCCUCGUGGUUGGAAGCAGAUGUUAAAAGGACUAAAAUAAAUCCUAAAAACCGGAAAAAAUAUUCAGGAUCGAGUGCUAAAAAACGCCUGCAGCAACCAUGAGUCUGUACAACUUCAAGAAAAUUAUGGUUGUGCCUCCGGCAAAGAGCUUCAUUGAUAUAAUUUUAUCAAAAACGCAAAGGAAGACUCCAACCGUUGUGCACAAACAUUACAAAAUCUCCCGAAUUCGCGCAUUCUACAUGCGAAAAGUGAAAUAUACCCAACAAAACUUCCAUGAUCGCCUCACACAAAUCAUCCAAGAUUUUCCAAAACUCGAUGACAUGCAUCCCUUUUAUGCGGAUUUGAUGAAUACACUUUACGAUAAGGACCAUUACAAACUUGCUUUGGGACAACUUAACACUGCGCGGCAUUUAAUUGACAAUGUCGCUAAAGAUUACGUUCGUUUAUUGAAAUACGGUGACUCGUUGUAUCGUUGCAAGCAAUUGAAGAAGGCAGCUUUGGGAAGAAUGGCAACUAUCAUGAAGCGUCAAGCGACAAAUUUGACAUAUUUGGAGCAAGUUCGUCAACAUUUAUCCCGUUUGCCGACAAUUGACCCUUACACACGUACAAUUCUCGUAUGUGGCUUCCCGAACGUUGGAAAAAGUAGUUUUAUGAAUAAAAUUACGCGUGCUGAUGUCGAAGUUCAACCCUAUGCCUUUACAACGAAGAGUUUGUAUGUCGGGCACACCGAUUAUAAAUACUUGAGAUGGCAAGUAAUCGAUACUCCCGGAAUUUUGGAUCAUCCCUUGGAAGACAGAAACGUCAUUGAGAUGCAAGCGAUUACGGCAUUGGCUCAUUUACGUGCCUGUGUCUUGUAUGUCAUGGAUAUUUCGGAACAAUGCGGUUAUCGGAUCGAAGAACAAGUAAAAUUGUUCGAAAGUAUCAAACCGUUGUUCGCCAACAAGCCGCUUCUUGUGGUUUUGAACAAAAUCGAUAUUGUAACGUUGGAAGAAUUGCCCGCAGAAUCGCAAAAAUUGAUUCAAGACAUGACAAAAGAUGAAAAUAUUCGUCUUUUGCAGAUGUCGAACGCCAACGAGCAAGGUGUCAGUGAAGUUAAGUCCGAAGCGUGUGAAAUGUUGCUCGGAUAUCGCGUUGAACAAAAAAUUCGCACGAAAAAGGUCGAUAGUGUCUUGAAUCGUUUGCAUGUUGCCAUUCCCGAGAAACGCGACAACAAAGAACGUCCCCCUUGCAUCCCCGAAAGUGUUUUGGCGGCAAAAGCAGCGAAAGCGGAGAAGAAACAACGCAAAUUGGAAAAAGAUAUCCAAGAAGAACUCGAUGACGAAUACAUUUUGGACCUCAAGAAGAAUUACGCGGAAAUUCCCGAAGAAGAGCGUUACGAUAUCAUACCUGAAUUCUGGCAAGGACACAACAUUGCCGACUACAUCGAUCCCGAUAUCUUCGAAAAACUCGAAGAACUCGAACGUGAAGAAGGCAUGCGCUUGGAUUCAGGUUAUUACGAACCCGAACCGCUCAAUGUUGACGAAACCCUUAAGGAAAUCCGCGAAAUGGCGAAACAAAUCCGGCUUAAACGCUUCAUGUUACGUGACAACAAACGUCUUAGCACGAAACACGGCAAACCAACAAUUCCGAGACACAAGUUGCCCCAUACGAGAGAACGUAAAGUCGAGAAAUUGCGCAAAACGAUGGAAAAUCUCGGCGUUGACAUGUCAGAGACGAACGAAGCGAAUUUCACGAAGAAUGUUGUCGAUUUGCGACGCAGCGUAGUUAAAGUUGGCGAUACAAAGACGCCGAAACUCGAUCGGGAAUCGAUGGCUGUUGUGAAGUCGACGGGACAACCGCUGAAGAGAAAACACGCGAAACACGAAUUGGGGUUGAAGAACACGUCGAUGAAGAAGAAGACAGAGUUGAUGGCGAAACACGAUAUUGCGAAGAAGACGAGAAAGUUUGCGCUCAAGGGAGAAGCCGACAGAUUCAUUGGAGACAAAAUGCCGAAGCAUUUGUUCUCGGGCAAACGAGGAACGGGCAAAACGGAUCGUCGUUAAGAUUUUUUCGCUUAUCAAUAUUAUCAUUUAUUUUAUUUUGAAAUUUAUCAUAUGUGAAAUUAUGAAAAAUAAAGAAUUCUUUUCAUGAUGGAAAAUAA